AUAAACAAUGGUGUGUGGAGCUGCUUCUUUGACAUCUGUGUCCUAGCACCAGGAUGCAGUAGUGGCUUGUUCCAGGUGCAUCGUGCCUAGAGCUCAGUGACAGCUGGAUUGUUUCCUGCACCGCUGGAGGUAGUGGAUGUACACAAAGUAAAUUAUAAGCAAAAAAACAGUUGCACUCUUAAGGUCAUUUUUUAAUGGCUUGGGAAAUAUUUACUUCAAUCUAUAUUCUCGUUUUGCAUAAAGAAAUCUGACAUUAACAUGUUUAUUAUGGCACUAGGCUCAUUUCUCGAUCAAUAUUUUUGCCUCUUGAAAUUACAUUCGUGUGUUUGCUCCAAUUCCCAUGGGUUCUGUGUCCAUAAUGUUUGGAAGUGUCUUAACAACCCUGAUGGAGCACAUUUAGCAAAGCGCGCUCUCGCUGCUCAGGUGAGCGCCCGCUGGUGUCUCAGUGGGCGUGGCUUGAGUAUUAAAGCUUCGCAGACAGGUAAAGAGGAAGCUCAAUUCUCAGCUGUUAAAGUUCAGUAAAGAGCAGACGAGACUUGACAUGAACAGGUUACCCAGGCUCUCGUCUACUAGCUCCCUUCCACCGCUGGAAGACGCCGCAGACCCGGUCUGCUCCGACGAGCUGCUGGGUUCGCAGUCCUCCCUCUGGCUGUCGGACCUCCUUACCCGGCGCCCGUCAUCCAGCGGAGACGUCUUCACGACCGGGCCAGAUGGACUGUUCGUGGACAAGUGCUUCCCUGUGGGCGAGCUGGAACUGCAGUCCGGAAUCCAGUGGAAACGACCGCGGGAACUCUGUUCAUCACCUCAAUUCAUAGUUAAUGGAGCUACACGUCUGGACAUCUGCCAGGGAAAACUCAGUGACUGCUGGUUACUUUCUACAAUCGCUUCACUCUCCAUGAACCAGUUCCUGCUCAACAAGGUUGUGCCUCUAGGACAGAGCUUCCAAAAUGGAUACAACGGUUGCUUCACCUUCAGGUUCUGGCAGUACGGGCAGUGGGAAAAGGUGAUGAUAGACGACCUGUUACCUGCUAAAGACCACACUCUGAUUUAUCUCAGCUCCCCAGACAGAAACGAGUUCUGGAGCUCACUACUGGAAAAGGCCUAUGCCAAGUUGAAAGGUGGUUACAGAGCCCUGGACAUGGGCUUCCCUCACGAGGCCAUGGUUGAUAUGACAGGCGGGAUCACUGAGGUUCUGACCAUCUCCUCUCUGUCCAAAGACCUGCCAGCCUUUCUCACAUACCUGUUGUCUAAAGGAGCUCUCAUUAACUGUGCCAACUGUCAGGGCCCUCUGGAGCAGAGUAAUGGACUGGGGAUCAUGUUCCGCCACGCCUACUCUCUCACUGCUGUAGAAAAGGUGAAGACAAAACAUGGCCUUGUGGCUUUGGUGAGAAUCCUCAACCCCUGGGGCAACACUGAGUGGGAAGGGCCAUGGAGUGACAAGAAAGGUCCAGAGUGGAAUGAAGUAAGCGUAGAGGAGCAGAAAAGGCUAAACAGAGUCAACCAAGAUGACGGAGAAUUCUGGAUGUCUGUGUCAGACUUCAGACAGAACUUUGAGCUGAUGGAGGUAUGUCACCUGACUGAAUACCCCACUCAGUCAGGCUCCAGUGUAGUACCAUGGUCCUGUGCAUUGCAUCAUGGGAAUUGGGUGCCAAGUAUAACAGCAGGAGGAUCUCCACAAGGAGGUUUUUUCUGGCAGAAUCCUCAGUUCUACUUCAUUCUGUCUGAGGUGGACAGUGGCCGAGCAGAUUCUCAGAAGACGUGCUCCUUUGUUUUGGCUCUAAUGCAGAAACACCAGCGACGCAGAGGCAUCACCCUUUCAAUAGCUCUGCACAUAUACCCGGCCCAUCCUAAGAAUACGUACCUGUCGCCUGAGGACCUGAGUGCAGUUCGUCCGCUCCUCUACAGCCCUCAGUACUCCUCGCGCCGGGAGGUUGUUCUUCGCGGCUCCCUUUCACCAGGUUCCUAUGUAAUCAUUCCCUCAACCAUCGAGCCCAACCAGGAGGGAUCGUUCCUCCUCCGAGUGCUGACAGAGCACGGCAACGUUGCCACUCCAGCAAAGAAACCUCCUCAAGAUGCCUCUGCAAUCAAAGAGCUUUCGUAUCCUCAUCAAACGGUUCUUCCUUCAUCUGCAUCGAUCAGACAGCUGUUUGAGAAGCACUGCAGCUCGAAGGGUUUUUGCAAACCAGUUCAUCUCCACCACCUGCUGACCGAGGCCAUAAAGGGAGGAGCAUUGGCUGGCAGUGAGAAGAACUUGGCUCUGGAGCACUGCAAGAGUCUGGUGGUGCUCAUGGAUACCAGAAAGAGGAGCAAUGGAAGGAGAACUGCGGGAUCUGGAGCAAGCUGUGCUGGAAAGCAGCCUCCUUCCGCAUAACCUGAUGCGGGCGAGGCCAACGCGGGGCGGCCGCGAUCCAGACCCACCCGAUCGCUCCAGCAUACCAGGUUUCCUCUGCAUAAAACGAGCAAAGCCCGUGGUGAUGAACAACCGUCACAAACAGAGACAGUCCCGGAAAGCGCUGCACCGAGCCCGACACCCAAAACACCGGACAAGCUCCCGAGCUUGCUCAGGUCCAGCUUGCAGCGCUGCAUGGCGGUUGGAGCGGCAAAGACAUGGCGACGCAGCUGCCCCUGGCUCUGGAGGGUCCCGCUCUGCAGGUGCUAAUUGAUGUCGCACCGGAGCAACGGCAGGAGUUACCGGUGAUCACCGACGCUGAAGAGACGCUUCGGACAGCGGAUAUCGACAGCGAUGAGACAGAGGCGUCAGAGGAGAACGUCAGCCAAGCCCAACUGGCUGCCGUUCCGGCGUGUUGGCCUCGCCGGGAGGACAGCGGCUGUUUCCGUUGUGGCGAACGGAGACAUCUUGCUCGUGAUUGCCCCGCCCCCUCGCCGAAAGCUAAGGCCGGGUCACCAUCGGGAAACGGGAGCGGAGUGAGGUGGUGAGGGGACACUCACUCCAAUCAGACACACCCCUCUCCGGGAACUUUCACACAGUGGGUCGCUGUGGAUUUGUUAAAGGACUAUAUGUGGACUGUGUUAUAGAGAAUCAGCAAUGUUAUGCCCUGGUGGAUACAGGAUCUACCAUCCGCUUGCUGCGACGGGGGUUUCUCCCCCCAUCGCACUACCCCGCAUCGAUGACGCUCUGGAUCAUGUCGCAGGGUCGUGCUGGUUCAGUUCCCUGGACCUGAGGAGCGGUUACUGGCAAGUGGAGCUGGCCCCGGAGGAUCGAGCCAAAAUGGCUUUUACCAUUGGCGCACUGAGGCCAACGCACUAAAGUCGUCACCUCCAUUAAACAGGGUUUCUCCCGGGGACAACCGGUCCACUCCCGGAGGGGUGGACCCCCACUACAACAGAAUUAGUGACUGUUACUAGGGAAAAGACUGGUCGCUGUGAGGGAGCUAGAGGUGAGCCAUGAGUUUUGGCUUGCUGACAUCUGCGACGACUGCAUCAUCGGCCUAGACCUCUUAACCUGCUGGGGUGCGUGUGUUGAUGUGUCGGGGCUAGCCCUAUGCUUCGGCACAGAGACCGUGCCACUUCAGUCGGGCCGGGGAGGGAGUGUCAAACCCAGGGGACGCCGGGCUCGUCGGCGCACUGAGGCCAACGCACUCAAGUCGUCGCCCCGGUGGUGAUGGUGAGGAAGAAAGGGGGUAGCUGGCGACUCUGUAUGGACUACAGACGCCUUAACGCUGUCACUCUGAAAGAUUCUUACCCACUACCCCGCAUCGAUGACGCUCUGGAUCAUGUCGCGGGGUUGUGCUGGUUCAGUUCCCUGGACCUGAGGAGCAGUUAGUGGCAAGUGGAGCUGGCCUCGGACAAUCGAGCCAAAACGGCUUUUACCAUCGGCGCACUGAGGCCAACGCACUCAAGUCGUCACCUCCAUUAGCCAGCAUCCUGACAACAGAGACCACCGACGCUGUGAGGGAGCUGGGUCAGUGGAGCAGUGCACAUCUGGGAGAGCAGCAGACAAAGCAGCUACAGCGGUUGUUAGCGGAGUUCGUGGACAUUUUCGCUGCACGUGACGAAGAUUGCAACAAAACAGGGCUGGUGCAACACUACAUCAACACCGGGUAGCUGGCGACUCUGUGUGGACUACAGACGCCUUAACGCCGUCACUCUGAAAGACUCUUACCCACUACCCCGCAUCGAUGACACUCUGGAUCAUGUCGCGGGGUUGUGCUGGUUCAGUUCCCUGGACCUGAGGAGCAGUUAGUGGCAAGUGGAGCUGGCCUCGGAGGAUCGAGCCAAAACGGCUUUUACCAUCGGCGCACUGAGGCCAACGCACUCAAGUCGUCACCUCCAUUAGCCAGCAUCCCGACAACAGAGACCACCGACGCUGUGAGGGAGCUGGGUCAGUGGAGCAGUGCACAUCUGGGAGAGCAGCAGACAAAGCAGCUACAGCGGUUGUUAGCGGAGUUCGUGGACAUUUUCGCUGCACGUGACGAAGAUUGCAACAAAACAGGGCUGGUGCAACACUACAUCAACACCGGGUAGCUGGCGACUCUGUGUGGACUACAGACGCCUUAACGCCGUCACUCUGAAAGACUCUUACCCACUACCCCGCAUCGAUGACACUCUGGAUUAUGUCGCGAGGUCAUGCUGGUUCAGUUCCCUGGACCUGAGGAGCGCUUACUGAGAAGUGGAGUUUUGGCUUGCUGACAUCUGCGACGACUGCAUCAUCGGCCUAGACCUCUUAACCUGCUGGGGUGCGUGUGUUGAUGUGUCGGGGCUAGCCCUAUGCUUCGGCACAGAGACCGUGCCACUUCAGUCGGGCCGGGGAGGGAGUGUCAAACCCAGGGGACGCCGGGCUCGUCGGCGCACUGAGGCCAACGCACUCAAGUUCUAUUACCGGAGGUUCGUUCGGGGUUUCGCCACUAUCGCCAGCCCACUACAUCGACUAACGGAGAAGAGCAAGCGGUUAGAGUGGUCUAGCACCUGCACCACUGCCUUCCAGCAACUUAAGGCGGCCUUGGUUUAAGCUCUGCAGCGUCCAGACUGGACAGCAGUGUCUGCAGAGGAGCCUGAGGUGAAGGUCCUCUAUUCUCAGUGGGGCAACUUGGAGCUGCACGGCGGAGUGCUGUACCGCAGUGGCGAGCGCCAGACCAAGGAUUGGACAAACUACAGCUUCUGGUUCCUCACGCCCUGCGGCCCAAGGUCCUCCAGCUGGUCCAUGGAAAGGCAGGGGCUAGUCACUACGGCAACACCAAUACGAUUCGCUGUCUGAGGCAGAGGUUCUACUGGCCUGGCUGUCGACAGGAUGUGGAGCUCCACGUCCAGUGCUGUGACACCUGCACCACUCAGAAAGGACCCUGUCAGCGCUCCAAGGGUCCGCUGCAGCUGUUGGGGGCCCCGAUGGAGAGGGUCGGGGUGGACGUUUAGGGCCGUUUCCCCUCACGGAGUCCGGUAACCGCUACGUACUUGUUGCAAUGGAUUAUUUCACUAAGUGGCCAGAGGCGUAUGCGGUGCCGGACCAGAGUGCCAUCACAUCAGCACAGAAACUGGUGGACGAGAUGUUCACCAGUUUUGGGGUUCCCGCAGAGCUCCACAGUGACCAGGGGCGUAACUUUGAGAGCCGGCUGUUUGGUGAGGUGUGCCAGCGGAUAGUGGUGAGGAAAACACGGACCACUUUACUGCACCCACAGAGCAACGGGCUGGUGGAGCGGUUCAACCGAACCCUGGCCACCCAGCUUGCCAUUUUGACCAGCCAUCACCAGCGAGAUUGAGACCAGCACCUGCCUCUGGUCCUCUGGUCAUACAGGAUUGCUGUACAGGAGUCCAGCCAGUGCACACCUGCUGCACUGAUGAGAGCUCCGCACCCCAGUCGACUUGGUCUUUGGAUCACUGCCAGAACCGGAGAUAGCUGGCGGCCCGGAGAUGGACUAUUACAGGUGCCUGAGAGAGAGACUCAGACUGGUGCACAAUUUGACCCGACGUGCACAGAAGGACGCUGGGGUCAAACAAAAAAGAGCAUAUGACGCCCGCUGCAAAGGGCACACAUUUACACCCGGGGACAAAGUGUGGGUGUAUUGCCCGGUGAGGAAGAGGGGGAUCUCACCAAAGCUCUGCAACCACUGGCAAGGGCCGGGGGAAGUGUUGGAGCGGCUCUCGGAGGUGGUUUUUCAGGUCCAGAUGCCUGGGCGGAGGGUGGUCUUGCACCGGGAUCGGCUGGCACCCUACCACCCGCUUGCCCCGACUGGAGAUAAUGACAUGGGUGAGGACAACUCUCAACCUGUCAUUUCUGGUGACAGUGACAGAGACACUAAUGGACUUGGGACAAUUUUGGACCCUGGGGGUGGGGAUCGGGGGAGGCCGGUGCGGCAACGGUGCCGGCCUGAUCAUUUAAUGGACUUUGUCACCGGGACUGAGGUUAGUGGGCACACUUAAACCUCUUGGCGGGGGGCUGUGUAGCGAUCGGGGGGGAGUUUGGUUGACUGUUCCAGUUCGUGUUGUGUGUUAUGUGGCUGUUUUAUUUUGAAGCGCAUAUAGUUCCGUGACGUCAGGUGUGCUUCUGGGGGGGAAGGGUACCGGGAGAAAGAGGCGGAAGUUUUGUUUCUGGUAGUUCCGGGUGAUUGAAGACUGUUGAGAGACCUGUUGUCACCCUGCUUUUGUGAUUAAGAAAAUAAAGAAGUGCUGUUCA